AGGAUGAACACAUCAGACAAAAUCGGUUUGUAAUGUAAAGAUCUUGUACUAUUUUUAUCAUUACAACGACCUGUCGGGUUUAUUGGUAGUUUCUAUGGGUCAGAUGCGGUGCUGUGGACAUUUCUCUGUGUCACCGGAUGUCGUGUUAGAGGAGGGACCUUGUCGUGCUGACACUACUACGAUGGAGCCGAGGGAAUAGUCGAGAAAGAAAAGAAGAUGCCCCUCCACUUGUCAUCAGUCACUGCAUUAACACAGCUCAGCAGAAGCUAAAAGAAGGGGAUCUUUUCAAAAACAGGCUACAAAGUAAACAAACGCAAAAACCUCUGAAGCUGCACUUUGCGACGCAGAGGAAAUGGCUUUCCUAGACAAUCCAGCCAUUAUUCUGGCUCACAUCAGACAGUCUCACGUGACCAGUGAUGAUACAGGGAUGUGCGAGAUGGUAUUAAUAGACCAGGAUGUGGACCUGGAGAAGAGCCAGCCUUCUCUGGUGCCUGGCAGCAGCAGCAGCUGUGAAUCAUCCGGGUCGAGCUGUGUUAUAGAAGACGGUGGUAACGUGGUGGACAGUCAUCCCUGUGACCUCUCUCAGUCUAUGGACAUCACCUCUAGCUGGGACUUUGGCAUCCGUCGGCGCUCCAACACAGCCCAAAGACUGGAAAGACUCAGGAAAGAGCGACAAAACCAAAUAAAAUGUAAAAAUGUUCAGUGGAAGGAGCGGUCAUCCUCCCAGUCUGUGGAGGAUCUGGGCUGUCUGUUUGAAAAGCGGGACUUUAAGGACAGGCCGCGGACAGCAGGGGCUAAAUCGACUUUGUCGCUGCGCCUGGAACAGUGUCCUCAGCAGCUCAACAACCCUUUUAACGAAUACUCCAAAUUUGAUGGCAAGGGUCACAUUGGCACAACGGCUACAAAGAAGAUAGACGUGUACCUCUCUAUGCAGAUGACUCAGGAGAAAGUGCAUCCGAUGACAGUAGUCACCAUCGCAAACGCCCGUGUUCACGACCUGAUUGGGCUUAUUUGUUGGCAGUACACAAGCGAGGGACGAGAACCCAAACUCAAUGAGAACGUGGACGCCUACUGCCUGCACAUCGCUGAGGACGAUGGUGAGGUGGACACCGACUUCCCACCGCUGGACUCAAACGAGCCAAUCCACAAGUUUGGCUUCAGCACUUUGGCAUUGGUGGAGAAAUAUUCGUCACCAGGCCUCACUUCUAGACAGUCGCUGUUUGUCAGAAUAAAUUCUGCUCAUGGAUUCUCUCUAAUCUCCGUGGACAGUCUGAAGGUAACUAUGAAGGAAAUUCUUCAGAAGGCACUAAUGAAGAGGAAAGCUUCUCAGAAAGGCUCAGGGCCCAUGUAUCGGCUGGAGAAGCAGAUGCAGCCGAAUGUGGCAGUUGACCUGGACGCGACGCUAGAAAACCAGAACACCAUGGAGUUUUGUUUGGUCAGAGAAAACAGCUCCAGAGGAGAAGAGAGCUCAGAGGAGGACCCUCCCAUCGACAUCACAUCGGUCCAGGACAUGUUGAGCAGCCACCACUACAAGUCCUUCAAGAUCAGCAUGAUCCACAAGCUGCGCUUCACCACUGAUGUCCAGCUGGGUGUUUCAGGGGAGAAAGUGGAAAUCGAUCCCGUGACCAGUCAGAAGGCCAGCACCAAGUUCUGGAUUCGACAGAAGCCCAUCUCCAUCGACUCAGACCACCUCUGCGCCUGUGACCUGGUAGAGGAGAGAAGUCCCAGCCAUGCAAUAUUUAAGCUCACCUAUCUGAGCAACCACGACUACAAGCCCCUCUACUUUGAGUCUGAUGCUGCUACUGUCAAUGAAAUAGUUCUGAAGGUGAACUACAUCCUGGAGUCCCGGGCCAGCACCUCUCGAGCCGACUACUUCGCCCAAAAGCAAAAGAAACUGAACCGCAGGACCAGCUUCAGUUUCCAGAAAGACAAGAAGAGCGGCCAGUAGACGGAGUCUGCUGACAUCACUCCGCCUGGUCCGUCUGUGCACAGAUGCACGUGAGGCCUUUCAGUGUCGCACGCAGAGAGCGUCCGGCUGGAACGCCCGGAUCCUUCAACCAGAGACCGAGCGACGUGUGACGGAUGAGACGAGAGCAGAGCAGGUCUUUCUGUUUCAGCUCAUCUGGGUCGACGCAUCAGAAACUCUACAAAGACAGAGAUUCUUUGAAUAAAUAAGACCUUUUUGUUGUUUUUAGCUUCGAAACACUUUAAACGAAUCAUGGACAGUGUGGCUGUCAUGUCGCAGGCGGGCGUUUGUGUUUGUUCACUGCCUCCGUACGUAAGCGCUGUCCUUCAGGAAGGGCUUGUACGUCUUCAAGAAGCCGGCCGUGUUAGCCCACCAAACAAAUCAAAGCUUCUUGUUAGAAAUCUGCUUCUGCUUUCUUCUUGAACAGAUCUGAAUGGUCUUGUUUUUAAUGUACUGUACAUAGACAUUUUAUAUUCAGAAACUGAAAUGAAAUGAAGCUACAUUACUGCUCUGCUCAUUUCUUCUUCACUCAGUACAUCCAGCUACAAAUAUCAGGACGAACACAUCAACACCAGACACGCAAAAUACUUUUCACACUCAUGUAUCCUAUUAAAGGGCAAAUCCUCACUUCAGCAACAAUUAACCACAUUUUUAGGAGAAUUUAAGUUCAGUUGUGAACAAAAUCUGCAGACUCCCAGUAUAGAAAUAAACCAGCAGUCUCUUCCAGUGGCUGCUCUGUACGAAGGAGGGAAAUAUCUAAUUAAAUCU